GCUUCUGCAGAGAGUGUGUGGGAAGGAAAACGCCAAACGGUAUGCAACGGGUAGAGCAUCAAGGUGGAGUUAGUACAGUGCGAGAUGUCGGAGCAGAUCGAGCAGAAUUUACCUCCCGGGUGGGACUGCAAGUACGACUCGCGGACGGGGCGCUACUAUUACGUGAACCUUUUCACGAAGACAACAACCUGGGAGGACCCGCGUGCCCGCUUUCGCCAGCUUCAAACGGGGGCCCCACUGCACAUCUCCAAUGACAACAUCUCGGUUCAGCCAGUGCAUGGUUCUCCCUAUCAUGUAUACCCUUCAAGUAACUCGUUCUACCCAGCUCAGCAAGCUUUCCAGAACCCACCUUCAGGUGUUCCCAGCCUCACUGCUAGUCCCAAUUUAGCCACCAAACUGCAGCAGCAGCAGCAACUCGAGCUGGCCGCCAUGAUGCGCUCUAGUCCGCACACACCCCGAAUGGGCCUGGGGGGACGCACCAUGCAACAGGAGACCUCCUUCUCGAACAACGUGACCGCAGCCGACACGGACGCCACGGUGGCCAAGAUCAACUCCAUGUUCCCGACCGUGCCGGAAACGCACAUCCGGAUGCUGCUCAAGAAAUAUUACAACCGCGAAGCCGUCGUCAUCAGCGCGCUGCAAGUCGAGAAGCACCCGCUCACGACGCCCGGUCCGUACUCGACUCCGCCGCUGCCCCAGCGCCACUUCCACAACACCGCCAUGGGCGUCGUGUCGGCCUUCCAGAUGACGCCGGUGCUCGGUGGCCGCAGCGAAGUGUCCACGUCGCGCACCGGCAGUCCCAUCCCGCGGCCGGCCAGCUGUGCCAGCGGCAGCUACUACGGCUACCCGCAGCACGGAUCGCCCCGGAGCAACGGAGUCGACGUCCGGUACUCGUCGCCGAAGCCGCACUCGUCCCCGAAGAUGAAGCUGAGAUACCUGAAGAGCUUCUUCCCCAAAGCGGAAGAAACGCUGAUCCUGGACGUGCUGGCCAACGCGGACAACAACGUCCAGACGGCGUCGCAGCAGCUGAUUACGCUCGGUUACGAGCGGCGGGAGCAGCCGCUUAACCGUGGAUCGCGCAAGGGCUCCGACAAGGAUGGCCAAACGGCGGGACCGUCCGGCGAGGGAGGCCAGCGGGUGGAAACGCAAACGCCAACGCCGAAGCCGAAGACACCGGAGGAGAAGAAGAAGAUCAAAGCACGGCUCCAGGCCAAGUACAAGGACAUUGCCGAGCGCAUCAUCAUGAUGGCCCUGGAGAGCGUCGACUACUCCGAGGAUCGCGCCAAACAGAUCCUGAACAUCGUGAUCCAGGAGGACAAGGAAAAGAAAAAAUCGGUCAAAAUCGACGCACCCCACAAGCCGGACGAGGACAAGGAGAACGCGGGCGGCCAGCAGUCCGGAACGCCAAGCCGCAGUAACAGCACCUCCUCGAACCGUCAGCGCGCCAAGAAGGGCAGCGUCGACUCGGAGGGCAAUCCGACGGAGAUCCUGGUGGACGGCACCGGAACCAACAUCAACAACAACAACGAGACCGGAAAUGCUUCCAUUGAAAUCACCACCUCCACCACACCAACCAGUUCCACUGCAAUCAUUAAAGAUUCACCACAAUCACUAGCGCCACCACCACCACCACCGCCAGCGGCACCGGAAACCGGAACCGGUUCCGAGCUGACUAGCAGCAGCAGCAGCGACAGCACGGCGGCCAUUCUGGCAACGCCGGGCAUCGGGCACUCGGCAUCCAUGGCCACCACCACCACAAUCACUUCCGCUUCCAAGCAAAGCCGACCCCGUGCCAAGGGCGAACACGCAAAGUAUUCUAUUUUUAGAAGCUCUUCCUCCGAGGACGAGCUGGACGGAAGUGCUGCUACUCGGGCCGCAACCCAGGACAAGAUGGCGUCCGCAAGCUACAACAACACGCCCCGCAUCUCGACCCGGGGUCCCAACGCGAAGCUGUUCCGCGGACCGAACGACGAUCUGCUGCUCGCCGACUACGUCACGUGGAGCGGUGCCAACCCGGACCUGGUCAAGGGUUCGCAGAUGCUGGCGCAUGGGCCGGAUCGGUCGAUCCGCAUGGAGCGGUCCUACAAGGCGCACGGACCGAACGGCGACCUGUGCAAGGGCCCCGCGGCCGGGCUGGCCAAGGGCAGCAUGUACGCCGCCAUGAAGGACGUCGUCGUCAAGUGCAACUAGGAGGACCGUCGUCGGUUCCGGAGCCGGUCGGAACCACCGAGGACCAGGACAGCAGCGGUCGUUGUGGCGUGGUUUAAGUGAGCGUGUUGCAGCCGGUGCUCAACAGGUGGGGUUAAGAAAGGGGGAGGGUUACAUUUUUGUAUGGAAGUGGUUUGUGUCUUGGGAAGAUGUUAUCGGUGUUUGGUGAACAUUCCAUGUAAGGCGAUGAAUUUGAAAUUGUUAA